AUGUUGUCACAGUUAACCUGGUCCUCCGGCAACAUAGAUUCUAAUAUCACCGACAGUUAUACACUGAUUCUAAAACAUGUUGAUAUAGGACUGUUGGAUUCUAAUAUCACCGACAGUUUUCUGUUAGGUGAAUCAUUAGCUGUCAAUUGCACAAAUAAGGCCAUUCUUCACGUAUGUGAUGAUAUUCUAAUAGUGUACCCAGAUUCAGGAGAUAUUGCACUUGACUACUCAACAAAACAGAUUAUACAAGAAGAGGACCUAACUGAGGAUAAAGAGAAUUUUACUUUGCCCUACAAGCAAGACCAGGAAAAGCAAAGACUGAAUUUUGAACUUUUGAAGCAACGAGGCCUUAUGGACAAGGAAAAUAGAGGAUCAAACCAGAGAUCAAGAUGGCCUGCAUUGGAAGAUGCUGAGGGGAUUUUACAACAUCGAAAUGAAGAAAAGAAAAAAAUAAUUUGGGAAUAUUAUGAGAACUUAUACAAGCAACAAACAGUUUCAGAUGAUAGGAUAAAACAAUUCUUGGAAGAAACAGAGAUACCUAAAAUGCCGGAGAAAUUUAAAAACUCAACUGAAGGAUUUGGCGUGGCAGAGAAGAUUACACUGCUCACUUUUAUUUCAGCAGUUAUUCUUAUGGCUAUCCUGGGGAAUCUGCUGGUGAUGGUUGCUGUAUGCAGGGAUAGGCAACUGAGGAGAAUCAAGACCAAUUAUUUCAUAGUCUCUCUCGCCUUUGCUGACUUGCUAGUAUCUGUUUUGGUGAUGCCAUUUGGAGCGAUUGAGCUGGUUCAGGAUAACUGGAUUUAUGGAAGGAUGUUCUGUUUGGUUCGCACUUCUCUUGAUGUCCUCCUCACUACUGCAUCAAUUCUUCAUCUAUGCUGUAUCUCAUUAGACAGGUACUAUGCCAUCUGCUGCCAGCCAUUGGUUUACAGGAAUAAGAUGACUCCACUACGCAUUGCUUUAUUGCUGAGUGGCUGCUGGGUAAUCCCAAUGUUUAUUUCUUUUCUUCCUAUAAUGCAAGGCUGGAAUAGCAUUGGCAUCAUGGACUUGGUAGAAAAAAGGCAAUUCAACAAUGCAUCCAACUCAACUUACUGCAUAUUCAUGGUCAACAAGCCGUAUGCCAUCACCUGCUCAGUCGUAGCCUUCUACAUUCCAUUUCUGCUAAUGGUUCUAGCCUACUAUCGAAUAUACAUUACAGCCAGGGAGCAUGCUCACCAGAUACGAAUCUUACAGCGUGCAGGGGCACCAACUGAUGGGCGACUCCAACACCCGGACCAGCAUAGCACACACCGUAUGAAGACUGAGACGAAAGCUGCAAAGACCCUCUGUAUCAUCAUGGGUUGUUUCUGCUUGUGCUGGGCACCUUUCUUUAUCACAAACAUAAUAGACCCUUUCAUACAUUAUGCAGUUCCUGAUCAGAUAUGGACUGCUUUCUUGUGGCUGGGAUACAUCAAUUCAGGACUGAAUCCCUUCCUUUAUGCAUUCUUGAACAAGUCUUUCAGACGUGCCUUCCUCAUCAUCUUGUGUUGUGGUGAUGAACGAUAUCGAAGACCUUCCAUCUUGGAACAAACGGUACCUUGUUCUACCACUACCAUCAAUGGAUCAACUCAUGUACUGAGGUACACAGUCUUGCACAAUGGUCAUCACCUGGAACCUGACAAGCUUCCAAUCCACAAUGAUCUGGAAUCCCAAGAGUCCUGCUUCUAA